AAAAAAAAGGCCAAGACCAAGACAGGAACCUCCUACGAACCCGAACCGGUACUGAGGAAGAUCAAACAGGCAUCUGCUGAGACCGAUCCGAGAUGCCUGCUACCGCGUCCGGCUCCGAUGCUGGCCCCGGGGGCUCGGCGAGAGCACGCGAUCACAACCAGGGGAACCAGGAGCGCAAGUACACGGUCGAGCAGAAGGCGGCGGUGAUUCGGAUACGCAAGUGCUCAACAACAGCCUACUAUGAGAUUUUGUCGUUGGAGAAGUCCGCCACAGACGGGGAGAUCAAAAAGGCCUAUCGCAAACUCAGCCUGUUGACCCAUCCGGACAAGAAUGGCUAUGACGGGGCGGACGAGGCGUUUAAACUUGUAUCGCGCGCGUUCCAGGUCCUAUCAGAUCCCGACAAGAAAUCGAGAUACGACAAGUUCGGCGGUGACCCAGAUAGCAGAUUCAACCCCGGUGCGGCAGGGCCUUCGGGCGCAGGUCCAUCGCCCUUCAGCGGGUUUGCCAAUGCCCGGAGGCCGGCAGGUGGUGGAGGGUCGAUGUUCGAGGAGGAGAUCUCACCGGAGGAGCUGUUCAAUCGGUUCUUCGGUGGGGGUGCGUUUGGCGGGAGUGCUUUCGGUGGUCCUCAGUUUGUGUUUAAUAUGGGUGGCGGCCCCGGGUUCAGAGUACACCAGUUCGGCGGCUCGCGGCCGCGUCGAAGGCCGCGAGAAGCCAACGCGGCGCGGGAAGCGCCGCUGUCGACAUGGUCGAUGGUCCAACAACUCCUGCCGCUUAUCCUCCUGUUUGUGCUGCCGCUGCUUUCGUCGCUCUUCUCCGGCUCGUCGACCCCCGUGAGCCCGUCUUACCGGGUCGACACCGCCGUGCCCCCGCACACCAUGCAUCGUACCACCCCGAAAAUGAACAUCAACUACUUUGUCAACCCGUCCGAUGUAAAGGAUUACAGCUCGCGCGAAUUCAACAAGCUCGACCAACGCGUCGAGGUCGAGUACGUCCAGAAGCUGCGCUACGAAUGCGACCACGAAGUCCUGGUCCGCGACCGCCUGAUCCAAGACGCCCAGGGCUGGUUCUUCCCGGACGUCGAGAAGAUGAAGGAGGCUCGUGCUAUGGAGCUAAAGAGCUGUAAUCGGCUCAAGUCGAUGAAUGUGAGGCUUUGACCUCUCCUGCUGUAUCCUCUCCCCCCUCUUCUUCUCUCAUGACCUUCCGGUCACUAUAAUUCCUUCUGCUUGUUAGAUGUCCAUAAUGCACGAUGAUUUGACGGCGUCCCCCUCGGUUGCAUUUCCAUAGUUUUUUUUUUUUUUUCUUU